AGAAGUUAAAUAAUGAAAGCAAAAUGACAAAAAUGUGUCUGUGUGUGAGAGAUAUUUUUCUAAUACUCCAUUACCAAUCGUCCAAUUGAUAGAGUAGAGAGAGAGAGAGAAUCGGGAGAUGCCGAGGAGCAGAUUUGCAGGGUCGUCACUCACAUCUCCUAAGGUUGACGUUGUCAUCGACAUGGGAAACCCAUUCCUUAAUCACACCAUUGAUGCUUUCUUGAAGAUUGGCACUGUUGCUGCUGUCAAAACUGCUGCUGAGGAAUCCUAUUACAUGGUAGAACGAGGAAAGGUUUCACAGCAGAAAUUCGGAAACUCGUUUAAGAAAAUGUGUAGAGAAGGCGCUUAUUGGGGAACUGUGGCUGGAGUAUAUGCUGGAAUGGAAUAUGGAGUGGAGAGGAUCCGCGGAGAAAGAGACUGGAAGAAUGCAAUGGUAGGGGGUGCGCUAGCUGGGGCAUUAAUAUCAGCAGCCAGCAGCAACAACAGAGAGAAAAUUGUAAUGGAUGCUAUAACAGGUGGUGCUAUUGCAACUGCAGCAGAGUUCCUCAACCAUAUCAAGUGAAAAAGGAAGAAGAAGAAGAAGAAGAAGAAGAAGAAGAGACUCAAUAAUAAUAAUGUUUCCAUGCAUGUAGCAUUCUCUUUGUUUGACUCUCUGUAAGAAUUGUAAUUGGUAAGGACAGAGAUUCCUAUCCCUUGUAGAUCUAUGGUGGCAAGUUUUAGUCUCACAAAACUUUAUAAUAUGAGUUGUGAGCAACUUUAUAAAUUUGGCUUAGUCAUGACUCCCUAAUAUUAGACUUUGAGAUGGCCCAUAAAAAUAGAUCAUUCAU